AUGUACCUCGCCCUCUUCUUCCUGCCGUUCGGUCUGUUCUUCGACUUCAUGGACGGCAAGGUGGCGCGCUGGCGCAAAAAGUCGUCCCUCAUGGGCCAGGAGCUCGACUCGCUCGCCGACCUCAUCUCAUUCGGCGUCGCCCCAGCGUCGGCCGCCUACGCCCUCGGCCUGCGCACGCCGCUCGACCGCCUGCUCCUGACCUUUUUCGUCCUCUGCGGCCUCACGCGCCUCGCCCGCUUCAACGUCACCGUCGCCGUGCUGCCCAAGGACGCGAGCGGCAAGAGCCAGUACUUUGAGGGCACCCCGAUCCCCACGUCGCUCGCCACCGACAGCGUCAUGGCCUACUGGAUCUACACCGGUGCCGUCCUCGACAAGCUGCCACUCGGCACCCUCUUCGCCGGCUCCUUCCUUGAGUUCCACCCCGUCGCCCUCCUCUUCGUCGUCCACGGCUGCCUCAUGACGAGCCGCCGCAUCCGCAUACCGAAGCCUUGA